GGACAGUUUUGAUGAAUACAAACCGUAAGCGAGUUUACACAUAGCUGGAUUGAAGAAGAGCUACGCUGUACUGUUGAUAUUUCAUCGUAAAGGAAUCUGUUUCUUUUUUUAAAAAAUUUGAGACAAUUGUACAAGAAAGUUAAGAAUGAGCCUGAUUGCAGUGAACGAUGAGAACUUGGGAGUUGAUCCUUCGAGUAACUGUGUCAGCUCAGAAAAGUGUGAUUUCCUUUGCCUGUCGCAACAACCCACAGGGAGGCCUUCUAUCCUGCGACUGUCCCAAAAAGAGAACGUGCCUCAGAAAAGCUUGAUCAAGGGUGUGAAGGUAUGCUUUCAGACACCGGUGCGGGAUCCUGUCACACACAAGAUUGUCUCUCAAGCUAGCAAGAUGGAGAGCAGCUUCACAUUGGAUGAUUGCACAAAGGCUUUAGAAAAGUUAUCUUUGGAAACAAGCAAAGCUAAGACUGCUGAUACUUCUGUGCACAUUGAAAACAAGGAGAAGAAUCAAGAUAGUGAAUGUAAAGCAGAUGCAAAUGAGGAGGUGCCUUACCCAGAUGAUGAACUACCUGUACAAAGCAAAGGAGCGUACACAAUUGAUUUUGACCACCUUGAUUCCAUCAACCCCUUUAAGAGUGGUAGUCAGCAGGGGAAUUCCCUUCCUAACAUAGGAAAUUCACCAGUUAAAGUGUCAAAGAGCCAAGAACAAAAUAAGUCUUCUGUAAAUGUGACGACAAACCCAGAGAAGCCCUUGCCAGAGAAUAUAACUCAGAGUGAAUCGUUGGAAGAUACACUCCCUGUUACCCCAAGGCUGGAUAAUUCAGUUCCUGAAAUAGAAUUGCAGCAAUUGGUAGAAACUGCAGACAACACUGGCAGCCCUGUUUCUGUCAAAGAUACUUCAGGCACUGGUUUGUCUCAUGAUGUAUCUGGAGAAGAUGCAGAGGUGAUAGUUCCCAAGGGAAAUUACAAUCUGGAUUUGGACAAUCUGGAUAUGAUUAACCCUUUUACAUCAUCUUCAAAUGUGAACAAUUCCCCACCACCGGCCCUAGGAUCUUGCAACCUUGAUGUUGAUGUUGAUUCCAUUAAUCCUUUCAAGUGCAGUGGUUCAGCACUCCAGAACUCACCCGUUGUUGGUGGUUCCAAGACGCCCAUUGAAAGGUCUUCACUAGCGAAAGAUGUCCCUGAAAAACUGGAAUGCAGUAAGCCUUCCAUAGGUGAAUGCCCACCAAAUGAAGAUGAACCUGUUCAUCUAGAGGCCAGGAGGCCCAUUAGUGAAACCUCUGCACCUGUGAAAGAAACCAACAAACCUGCAGAAAAUUCUCCACCAGUGAAAGAUCAGCCUAUGAAACUGGAAUUUAAUUUUGAUGAUGACAGCAAGCCCAAGAAGAAACCUCCCAAAAGCUUUGGCAAGAGGCCACCUGGUUCCAAGCUGUCUGCCAAGAAACCGGUGGCACCCACUGAAAUAGCAGAACCUCCCAAAUCGCAAGAAGUUAGUGAUAAACCAGCUGAUGAUGACGUUCCCCAUCCAAAGGCAUCUUAUAAUUUUGACUUUGACAAGUUUAAUGACCCCAAUUUUAACCCAUUUGGGACUGGUACAAAAAUAAACAGUUCUCCAAAACUAGAUGCUAAAGCCACUUCAGGUGCCCCAGCUGAAGAAAAGGCAGAGGUUGCAUCUCACAAAGUUUCAGAGCUCCCGAAGCUUGAACUUGGUGAAAAACCAGUUAAAGAUGAAUCUUCUGCAGUGCCAAUGUCAGCCAAAGUACCUACCUUGAAUGGGGAAAGACCACCAGCUGCAGAGGACGUGGUGCCAGGACCACCAAGCAAUAAUCCUCCUGUCAUUAAAGAGGUCAAUCUGGCGUUAGGCAAUGGGAAUCUGACCAUGGAAAUGCCAGUGACUCAGCCAGAGUGGAUCAUGCAAAGAAGUGCAGCAGAAUCAUUUAUGAACUUCACUGUAUCUAACCAUGACAUUACAACAGAUGAGUCAUUCAGGCCAGGAUCAGAAUUUGUAGCUUCCGGUUUUAAUGAGCCAGUUGACUACCUGGAACAGUUUGGAACGUCCACGUUCAAGGAAUCUGCGCUAAGAAAGCAGUCCCUGUACUUGAAGUUUGACCCAUUGCUGAAAGAGAGCCCAAAGAAAUCUCUGCCCGCAAUGUGCAAUGGCAUACCACUCCCUUGUUCAGUCCUUUCAAGGUUUGGUGAAGUAUGGGACUUGUCACCUGGAGUUGAAAACAAAGUGCAAAGUGAAGAAAAGCCUAAGGAAUUGAAUAUUCUUGAAACGUCCCCAGUGGCGAUGACUGCUCCUCUGGUGCCUGGUGUGCCUAGUGGCUUACAUUCUCUAGUCCCUGACUUUCCCCUCCCCACUAGUAGUGCAGAAGAUGCAAUCGUUGAAGUCUUAAAAUACAGUCAAAAAGACAUGGAUGCUGCCAUUGAGGAAGUCAGACGACAGGUUCAAGAAAAAGAGAAAGUAAUUGAUGAGUGGCAGGACAAAUAUAACAAACUGCGGACGGAUUACACUAUAAUGGAGACAAUUGUGGCAGAGUUUGAAACAACAAUAGCCCAAAUUGUAGAUGAUGGCCAGAAACAGAAAGAGGCAGCUAAAGCUGAAAUCCAGAAAGUCAGUGAGGAGAAGCAGCAGGUCCUUCUUGACUUGAGUUCAAUGGAGACCUCUUUUUCAGACCUCUUUAAAAGGUUUGAUAAACAGAAAGAAGCAAUAGAAGGUUAUAGAAAGAAUGAAGAAACUUUAAAGAGAUGUGCUCAAGACUACCUGGCUAGAAUUAAGAAAGAGGAACAGAGGUACCAGACGCUGAAGGCUCAUGCUGAGGAGAAAAUAGGCCUUGCCAAUGAGGAAAUUGCCCAGGUUAGAACAAAAUCCAAGGCAGAAACUGCAGCACUGCAGGCAACUUUACGCCGGGAGCAGAUGAAAAUCCAGUCGCUGGAGCGGAGUCUUGAACAAAAGGCAAAAGAAAAUGAAGAAUUAACAAAACUCUGCGAUGAACUCAUAAUGAACGUGCAAAAAGGUGGCGCUCGCCAAUGACCUGUAAAUGUUAUCUUUCUGAUCUCCUCGUACUUUAUCUUUCUUGUUUGUCUUUUUCAUUGUUAUAUGUAGAUAAAAGCACUGCUAAUUAAAAAUAAAGCUCCAUUGCAAAAUGA